UCGAUGAAGCUAAUAAAUCAUGUUAGCCGUCUAAACUAGGACUGCCCAGAUUGUCUGGCUUUGCCCUUCAUUUCUUUCAUCAAACCCGUUCCUUUCUUCCAAUGGUUCGCAACCUCUGCUCAAAAGGCUCUACAGCUUACUACUAUUGGACCUUACUGCUAUCUUCGUACCAUGUCAUCUUGCUGUCAACACUGAUUCAUCCUUCUCUGGGCUCCAAGACGCGGCGCUUCAAAUGGGAUGUGGAGUACAUGUUCUGGUCACCCGACUGUGUUGAGAACAUUGUGAUGGGGAUCAACGGCCAGUUCCCAGGCCCCAACAUACGCGCCAGGGCCGGAGACACUGUCCACGUUGAGCUCACCAACAAGCUCUACACUGAAGGUGUUGUGAUUCAUUGGCACGGGAUCCGACAGUUUGGAUCGCCUUGGGCAGAUGGGACUGCUUCCAUCUCUCAAUGUGCCAUAAACCCGGGAGAGACGUUCAUUUACCAGUUCAAAGUCGAACGGGCGGGAACGUACUUCUACCAUGGACACUAUGGGAUGCAGAGAUCAGCAGGGCUGUACGGGUCACUGAUUGUCAACUUGCCGGAAGGGGAGAGGGAGCCGUUCCACUACGACAGGGAGUUCAGUCUGCUGCUGAGUGACUGGUGGCAUCAGAGCGCUCACGAGCAAGAGGUUGCCCUCGCCUCGAACCCCAUCCGUUGGAUCAAUGAACCUCAGUCGGUUUUGAUCAACGGGAGAGGGCAGCACAACUGCUCGCUGGCAGCUCGUUUUAGCAGCUCUUCGAAGGCCGUGGCCCAGUGUCAUUUCAGAGGGGACGAGCAGUGCGCGCCCAAAAUCCUGAGCGUGCUUCCGAACAAGACCUACCGGAUCCGGCUAGCAUGCACCACAGCUCUCUCUUCCCUUAACUUCGCCAUCGGGGGCCACAAGAUGGUGGUGGUGGAAGCCGAUGGCAACUACGUUCAGCCAUUCGCCACGGACGACUUGGACAUAUACUCUGGCGAGACCUAUUCGGUUCUGGUAACGACUGACCAGGACCCGACUCUUAACUACUGGGUCUCUGUCGGUGUACGGGGCCGCCGUCCCAAUACCCCUCCAGCCCUCACCAUCCUCAACUACCGCACAACCGCCGCCAUCGAGCUCCCCAAGUCGCCACCUCCGGUUACUCCCCAAUGGAACGAUUAUGCCCGUAGUGUAGCACUCUCAAAGAAAGUCCUCUCGCGAAUGGGAACGCCGAAACCUCCAGCGAAAUACGACCGCCGGAUUAUUCUAUUGAACUCCCAGAAUAAGGUCGACGGGUUCACGAAAUGGGCUGUGAACAACGUUUCGUUGACCUUACCAUCGACACCUUAUCUCGGUUCCAUCAGGUACGGCCUCAUGAAGGCCUUCGACCAGAGAAGUCCGCCGGACGACUACCCGGCCGACUACAACAUCAACGAGCCCCCAUCGAACCCAAAUGCUACUAUCAGGAACACGGUGUAUAGAUUCGACUUCAACACAACGAUCGACGUGAUCCUCCAGAAUGCAAACGCCUUAUCAGUGAACCUGAGCGAGAUACACCCGUGGCACCUGCACGGGCACGACUUCUGGGUUUUGGGGUACGGGGAGGGCAAGUUCACUGACAAGGACGCCAAGGGAUUCAACCUGAAGAAUCCCCCAUUGAGGAACACAGCUGUGGUGUUCCCGUACGGGUGGACGGCGCUAAGAUUCGUAGCUGACAACCCCGGAGUCUGGUCCUUCCACUGCCACAUCGAGCCGCACAUUCACAUGGGAAUGGCAGUGGUUUUUGCGGAGGGAGUGGAGCUCGUUAGGAAUGUCCCCGCCGAGGCCCUCACCUGCGGACUUACUGCCAAGAUGUUCCUCAAUGGUACCUAGAGCAACUGAUCACAGGCACAAAAGAAAAGCCGGUUCUGCGAGACAUAUCAGAUAAAGUUCUCCUACAGCUUAAGCAUUUAAAGAAAUCGAUCGAUGCGUCUGCAUCCAUGUACACGCUUUCGACUGAUAGCCUUAUUGGAUUUGCAUGGGCAGAGAUCAAAUGGUCCUGUGGUGCUAUAGAAUUUCCCGGAGCCAAUAUGAUUUUCUCAGAAAUUAAUGUGAUA